AGCCUAAAAUCCCAAAAACAAGCAAGGAAAAUAAAACUUUCGCUCACAUCCAUUACAAUGAUGGUAAAAUAAAAAAGAUUCUAUAAUUCAAGAGCUUCUGUAUUGCAACAAUGGAAGUGGAAAAAACUUAUACAGAAAAAACUUUAAAUGAACUGGUUUAUUUGGCACUGGGAACUCCAGAGGUUGGAGCAGUCAACUUUAACAUUUUACAAUCUUUACUUUUAUCACUCCUUGAUAAAUUGAAUUUGCAAGAUGCAAAAGCUUCAAUCAAUACAGAUCAAAUACCUCAACUGGAAGCAACAGAAAGUAAUACUUCUGCAAGAAAAUCAACUUCGUUGGAAGAAAUUGAUAAAAAAGUAUCAAAAAUUGAGAGUCAACUCACUGUUCUCAAUUCAUUACCAAGCAAUGAACAAAUUCUUGGAAAAACAAAAUCUGGAACUGCAAUAUCACCAGUAGCUGACAUCUGGCAACAUAUGCAAUUACAGAAAAAAGUUCAAAGUAACGAAGAAGGAGUUACAAGGGCCAAUUCAUUGCUUGAUGACUUAUUGAAAGAAAUCAAAAAAUUACGAGAUGAUCAGAAAAAUUUCAAUGAUCAGAUUUCAAAAAUAUGGGAAGAAAUAGCAAAGUCUGGUGAUAUGUCCGAUAUUCUGCAGCGCUUGAGUAAUUUGGAAGAUUACAAUGAAAAAAUCAAGAAAAUUGAAGAAGAAUUGGCCGAGUUAUCAGCAAAAUUAUCUGGAUAUCCUGACGCAAGUGAAUUUGAGAAUUACAUAACAUGGCCUGUGUUAGAAGAAGCUCUCAGUCAACAUAUGAAAAAGAUGGAGGAACUACAGGCUGUAGCAAAGCAGAUUUCACCGGUAUUAAGCGAACCAAGUCCCACAAGUUCAAGAUUGAGUUCUGCUAAAGAAAGAUUCCCACAGGCGACAGAAAUGCUUGAACGUAUUGGUGCCCUCAAUGAAAAACAUGUCGUUCUUGAGGGAAGAGUUGAUGGCAUAGAGGAUGUAUUGCCCACGAAAGCAGAUAAGUCAGACUUGGAAGGCUUAGGAGGUUCUGCGGACAUUCCAGAAGAUUUACUCGACCAAUUAAAUCAAUUGAAAGAUAUGAUUGCCCAAUUGGAGAAAGAUAGAGAUCAGGCCACAGAUAUGAUGAAAAUGCAGCAGGACAGUAUAGACAGUAUUUUGAGUUUCAAAGGCAGUAGUUCUAUGUCAGAUGGAGAAAGUUCAGGUUACGAGUCAUCCAGCGGUGCAUCCGCAACCGACUUGAGAAAAUUAGAGCUUGCUUGUCAAAGACUUGGACAGAAAAUGAACAGCCAUAUUAAGCAAUUGCAACAAGAGGAUGAGAAACAGGAUGGCAAGACUAGUGAGGUCCGAGCAAUCGUUGACGGUAUUGUUAACCAAAUCCAUCAAAUUGACAAAAAAAUUGCUGAAUUAGCAGAUUUACAGAAAGCGUUAAACAAAGCAAUGCAACAGAUUCAGUCGCAACAAAAAUCAAUGAAGGUUACUCAUGUUACCGAAGUGAAAGAAGUCGAGGCUCCAGUUCAUGUCUCUAAGCUUAAGAAACAGGAAUCGAGUGCUAUUACUGGAAUCCAAACGGCUUUGCUCAAUCUUCAAGCGGAAAUGGAAAAACUAACCAGACUUGUGAAUACUGCAUUAGAUGAACAUGAAGUCAAACAAAAACAUAUUGAUACAUUGUAUGGCCAUGUGGAAAAAUUGGAUGAGAACAAAGCUGACAAAGAAAACGUGAAAUUGAGAAUCGAUGUGAAAGCAGACAAACAAGCAUUGGAGACAAAAGUAAAUCGAUCUGACUUUGAUACAACGACGUCAGAAAUUACUAAAAAUUUGGACGAUUUAUUAGAAAAAAUAUUAGGACAAGAAUCUCAAUGGCAGAAGCAAGUGAACAAAUUAUCUGCUGAAGUCGAUGGGAAGUUGGAUCGAAUGGAAUUAGAAAGCUUAAAACAACAUCUAGAAAACAGAAUGAAAGCAAUGAAGAAAUUAUUGGAAAAACAUCAACCACAAGAUGUUUACCAAGAAGGAGAUGAAGCUGCAGGAUUUAGAAAACAAUUAAUACAAAGUUAUCAUUGUAUUUCUUGUGAUAGACCAGUUGAAAUGACUCCUGCUGGGCCGAUUCCAUCUAUACCAGCGACGGCUGGACUUCCUGCCACCAAAUCAGUGCGGCCGUACACAUCAUUCGAACUUGAUCAAAUCCGACAGCAAGCAAAAGGCCAAAUGCCAGUUGGUCGUAACUCGACUAAUUUCCGUGCCGCGCUGGAAGAAAGAGAAAUGUCAAGACUUCGUAAACUGGAUGAACUGGCUUAUAAAACACAUUAUCCACACGGAGAUCCACAAUUUUCACGACAGCAUCAUGUUGAGGCAGAAGAGCUUGAAUAUGUGAUGCCUUCAGGCAGAAGCUGUGGGGGUGGAUACACGUUAACUUAUCCCCAUAGAAGAUACACAAGACUAACACACCUGAGUGAACUUUGGCAAGAUGAGGAAGCAAUAAUCGAUGGAGCAAAAGAAGAAGUUGAAUUGCAGGGACAUGACGGACAUAUUUAUAGAGGAAGACUUCCAAUACUCCAACUACAACAACAUCUUUCUGGCAAAAGUCUAACCGCGCCUGACAGUGGUUACAAUGGACCAAUGUCUAGGAAAGGAAUUCAGCCCCGUCCUAGUUCUGCUCGAUUACCUGCCCGACCCUCAAGUGGACGCAGGACUCCAUCUUCGACGACAGAAAGACCAAGAACUGCUGGACGAUCACCGUCACAUGUAACUGUAGGAACUCAAGACAGACAAAAAUCUGCAGAAACAUUCGGAGGUCAACUUUCAGUGACAACAAUCACAGAUUAAACUAACAAUUGUAGAAUAGUUUUUUUUCUUUUUCAAUGAACUUGUAGCAAAUUUAAUAUUAUUUUUUUAUAUACUCAAUAUGACAGGUACCCCUUUAAUAGUGAAAAACCCUAUAUCACCUUUAGUUUACUAAUGGUCGUGUAUGGUUGGAAUUAAAUUUUGAUUUGAAGUUUUCCUUUUUUUGCCCAAAAUCUCAUUUUUGAAAAGGUACCGUCAUAUUUUAUUCUCACUACACACAGAAAAAAGCAGUGUUUAGUUUUAGUUCAAUUUUUUCUCGUAUGUUUUUUAUUGAAAAUUUUUUAGUAUUUGUCUUUUUUCAAAAGAUAUAUAUUCAAGAAUAUAUAAUAACAAAUAAAACACACUGUCAUCAGCUUUUUUACGCUAAACAUACAACGUACUUCUACGUAUGGCGCCUGCCAGUGUUAAAUUUUAUAAGCUUACAUUUUUUAUAAUGCAAUGAAGUUAUCGGUACAUAAUAUUAUAUAAAACGUCUGUGAAUUUGGAUUGUAUACUUUUAAUUUUGAACAUGGGCCAGAGUUAAAAUGUACUAUUCUGGCAUAUUUCAUGUAUGGUCCAUAUAUUUUCUGAUUGAGAUAUGAAGCCUGAUUUUUACCCGUCCUUUUUAUUGCAAUAGUACACAGCCUAUUUAAAUUGAAGGUUUACGCACUGCGAUUUUUUUUUUCAAUUUUUUUCUGCCGUCCGACCUAGUACUAUAAAGACUGAUAGCUAUUUAGCGGUCUUUUAAUUAUUCAAUUUGCUAGCAAUUUAUGAAUCAGUGACAAAAUUUAAAACCAUCUUGGGGUAGAGGGCAUAGCAUAGGAAAGCAUGUAGGAGCAUAAAAAGGUUGAUUUGUUUUAGGGUUGAAUAUUUGCCAAAUUAAAUAAAAAUACUAUUCAUGGAAAAUAUACUAAAUUUGAUAACUCAAACUGUGGUUAUUAUAUGACAUAAUAAUAUACUCAAGCCUAUAAUAAUUUCUGCAAUUGAACAUAGCAUAUUUCGAAUACUUGAUUGAAUUAUAUUAAUUAGCUAAUUUGUUAGAUCUCAAUUAAAAAAAAAAUUUUUUUUCUAUGAAAUUCAAUUUUGUUUAUGUAGUUAGAUUAAUUUAUAUAAUAUGCUUCCAUUUAUAAACCCUAUUCUCAGAACUGUAGUUUUUUAGAGUUUUCCUAUUUCUUUUUCUAUCUAAUAUAAACGAAUAUGAAUUUUGUAAAUAAUAUUUUUAUGAUUAAUUGCAUGAUUCUAUGAUUUUACUAUUCUUAUUCCACGUCCCAAAUUUUUAUCAAAAAAAUAAAAACACAUUUUUUUUAAUAUUUAUGGAGAUAUAUUAGCAAUAUAAAAAAUUGGGGUAUUCAGUACACAUGCGCAACUUUUAAAUAAUUAUAUUUCGAUUGAAAAAAGCUUGCUUUCGCAGGACAAAUUUGACAAAUAACUUUAACAAAUGAUGGUCAAAAAUAUCAUCUUGUAAAAAAAACUUGCUCUUGUAGUGAAUAAGUAAAGUUCAGAAAACAAAUUUAACAAAUGAUGAUAAAAUUCAAUUUUGGGUGAAAAGCUUGCUU